AUGCAGAGCGAGAGAGAGAUGGAGAGUAGAGGAGGAUGUUGUAUAGCUAAUAGAUAUGAAGCCUGUGGGGUUUACUAUACGUCGAAAGUGGACCGGAUAAUGCUCCGGUUCCGACCGAUCGCACCCAAGCCGGCGAACGACGGCGGUGGGUCGGUUUCCCCACGGGAAAACGGUGCCGAGGGUUAUUGUAAACUGGGGAGAGGUAGGAGAAGACAGUCGAAAGAGAGUAAUAAUAAUACAAAGAGGAGAAAAAUGGUUACUUUGCCGCUUAUAUCUGAAACCCCAGACUGCAAGGACUCCAUUUCCAUGGAGAACACGACGAAGAAGAUGAAGAUGAAGACGACGACGAUGCCUUUGUGGUUAAGCGUCGGUGAAGCCGAUAAAACCGAGUUUCGGUUUCUUCGGCGACGGAGACGGUGAGCUGGUGAGGUCGUCGUGCGUGACGGACACUUGGGUUAACGGUGAAGGGUUGGGGUGUACCGACGAGGAGCGGAAGGUUAAUCUAGGGAAGGACACGUGUCCGGGGUUUAUGUCGGAUAUGUUCGGGAGGGUGACGUGGACCAACGGGGCGUAUAAGGAAAUGGUAGGCGGCGAGACGACAGUGCGGUUGCUGAUAAAGCAGAGUCCACCGCCGGUGAUGGCGUUCGCGGCGUUCACGUGCAGGGUGAGGGUGCAACACGUAUGCGGGAAGGAUAUUUAUGAAUUCGUUGACGGCGCCGUGUGACGUUUGGAGAAUGAACGGAGGCGGAUUCGCGUGGAGGCUAGACAUCAACGCAGCCCUCUGCUUGGGCCGGUAAACACCCAUUUCCGAUGCAU